AUGUACGACUACGAUUUAAACACCGAUACACCCGCGGCAAGACUUCCUGGCGGUCUCGAGCCUCCGACAUUGGUUUUGCCUAAUGAGGUAUUAAAAUCAAAUGCAAUGCAUGCACCGUCAUCAAACAUCGUCACGAUACGUGAAGUCGGAGAUACCGUUCAACGUCAUGAUAAUGCUGAAGAUGCCGAGAAUGAGCCUCUUACUCUUAACGAGGAAUUGCGAGAGGCAGGUGUAAAAGGCCUCCAGAAAGACUAUUUCUGGUCCGAAGCAAGCCUAAAGCGCAUCAUCACGGAAGAGCGCGUCAUAGCUCUGUUAUCGGGGUGCCCAUACGCUGCUUCCGACCGUCAACUUUCGCCAAAGACCAUCCUCAAAAGCUAUUUGAAAGUAUUCGCCAUCUUGACUAUGCUCGAGAAGCACGACGAUAUCUACGAAUGCAUGCAGCAAGGGGUUUCGGAUGAGACUUUGCCCUUGGAGCAGAUGGACCACGGCAAACGCUCAAUCUUACUGAAAGGAAACGUGCUCUCCUGCUUCAACAAUCGUCAUUGGUCAUAUGCGAAUCGAGACGGCUUCAUAAGCUAUCAAUAUCAGGUCAAUCCCGUCUUGCUAGGACGUGAUAGAGAUAGUGCAAGUCAUAGGGAUUUCGACGAGAGCACCAUCCUGCCGAUAACAAAGGAUACGUUCAUCGAGAGAGCCGGCUAUGGUGCUGUGUCGAAAGUGAAGCUUCACCCUGAGUGCCACGCUUUCCAUGAUGUCUUACCCUCGAUCAAGACGACGGAAUGCUUUGCACUGAAGAGACUUCUGCCCAGGAGAGACGGCGACGUUUCCAAGCAAGCUCUUGGGUUUGAGAAAGAGGUCGAGGCUCUGCAAAGAUUGAACGGUUCUCCAAACGAGCACAUCGUCACAUUAUUGAUGACCUGGACUGUUAAAGACAGCAUAACCGACAGAUACUGUCUCUUAUUCCCAUGGGCGGAAGGGGACUUGCUAUCCUAUUGGGAACGUGAACCCUACCCAUGCCGCGGUACGCAGCUGGACGUGAGAGCUAUUCAAUGGAUUGCGAAGCAGAUUGUGGGUAUGGCUAGUGCAUUGAAAACCAUUCAUAGUCCCGCACAUAAGAGGAACCUGGAGCCGAAGCAAAAGUAUGGUCGCCAUGGCGAUAUCAAACCUGAGAAUAUCCUCUGGUACCCAUCUCCGGUACAAAGCCAAAGGGGUACUCUUGUCAUUGCUGACCUUGGACUCACUGAAUUCAAAUCCACCCAGAGCCGCUCGAAUGUUCCUGGCGAAGGUCUCCCCACGACUCCUGGAUACAGACCACCAGAAUGCGAUCUCAAGGGUGGCAAGAUAUCUCGCGCGUUCGACAUAUGGACUUAUGGAUGUCUUCUUCUGGAAAUGGUGUGCUGGAUGCUUGGCGGCCAGAAAUUGCUGAAUCAAUUCGAGGACCACCGGACGACACCGGGAAUAAACACGACUAAGAGUGAAAUCUUCUUCGAUAUCUUGUCCAAAGACUUGACUGCGUCACAAGAUCGAUUGCGACCACCAGCGGCUUCUGAAUCGGUGUAUUACGAACAUGCUGUCACAGUAAAAAAGGAAGUUCAUGAAUGGAUUGCUCGUAUCCACGCAGACCGAUCCUGCACGCGGUUUAUUCAUGACCUUUUAGACCUAAUCGAAGAGAAGAUGCUAGUUGUGAUAGCGCCAGACAGUGAGAGGAUCGGGUCUUCUGAGCUUUAUGCGGAGCUCGAUAAGAUGUAUACAAGGGUUUGCAACCCGACAGACAAUUACUGCCAGCGCCCGUGUCCAGAGGAGAAGCGCGUCGCUAAGGAUUCUGUGCCUGUUGAUGCAUGUCUCAGCGAGCAAGCCCUGGGCCUAGUCCGUAGGACAAAUCCGCGACUCAAAUCAGUCACUGGAGAGACACGCCUUUCAAAAACACCAGAUCAAUUCAGGGCUAUGAAUUAA